AACAUCAAAAAUCCUAAACCCACAAAAGCCCUAAUCCUUCAAGAGGCAGGAGUGUUUGCCCAACAAAAACCCUAGGACCUCUGCCAGAAUCCAUCUACUACUCUCAUCUUGAUUAUACCUUCAAUCACGCCGCAAUGGAGACGGAGAGACUAUCCUAUGGUGGCGGCGGUGCUCAUGUGGCGGAAGCCUUCAGUUUGAUGGUUCAGACGGUUUUGGUUGCUGAGAAAUCCAUUUGUUGGCUUCUGUUUCUGAUCGGAUCGAUACCCAACAAUGAUGAUGCUCUCUCAAACUUGCUUGAUGCAGAGAAGAGAUUUCCUUUAAGUGAUCUUAACAAAGUUGCAAGCCCUGAUGCUGAAUGCAAGGACGCCAGUGAAACAGAGGAUGAUAGUGACGAUGAUGAAGAUGCUGCUGUUGGUGAAGACAGUGAUAAUGAUGCUGAAGAUUCAUCUGGAGAAGACAAUGACGAUGAAGAAGCAGAUCCCGACAGUGAUUCAGAUGCGAAUGAUGAUGGAGAAGAUGAUGAUGAUGACGAUGAUGAUGAAGACGACGAUGAUGAUGAUGAAGAUGAUGAUGAUGAAGAUGAGGAAGAAGAUGAAGAGGAAGAGAACCAACCACCCUUUAAGAAGAAAAAGUAGGAAAACAGUAUCGAUUCCAUUUGUCCAUUUGUGCUAUUAUUAUUAUUAUUAUUAUUUAAGGGGCUUGAGGUUUAGACUUUAGAAAAGGACACAUCAUUUGUUUUGCGUUCUAAUUUUGUUUCCCCCUCAAGCACACAAGCAGUAGUAAAUCAGACAUGUAGCUAUUUCUACAUGGAUGUAGAAUCCAUUUGGUAUUGAGAGUAUGUAGGAUUUGUGUUCAUGGUUAA